GACGUCUACCCGACGGACGGAACCCUACGGGAGAAACGCAGCCUCCGCUAGUUAGAGCACUUGUAGCCCAGGGGACGCUGGGGGUUACGUAAUUUUCCCAGCAGCCCUAGCUCGCCUUGCGCGGAUGUCCUGAAGGCCGCGCCCCGCCCCCACCCCGCGCGCAGGCGCAAACUAGCUGUACGCAUUCUACGUAACGGACGGCUGAAGCUACGUGAAGAGUAGGGUGCCGUGACUGAGCUACCUGUUCUGGGCUGUUCAGUGACAUCGCGGCCCGCAGAUUAUCUUUGCGACCUGAAGACAGAAACCAGACAAAGGCAGGCUGGUUGGAGGUAGUGGCCUCAGGAGCCCCGGGCCCGGUUGCAGCCUCGGGUGCAGCUUGUUUUUAAGGUGCAAUGAAAGCCUUCUAUGCUUUCUGUGUGGUCCUCUUGGUGUUUGGGAGUGUCUCGGAAGCCAAGUUUGAUGAUUUCGAAGAUGAGGAAGACAUAGUAGAGUAUGAUGAUAAUGAUUUUGCUGAGUUUGAGGACGUCAUGGAAGAUUCUGUUACGGAGUCGCCUCAGCGAGUGAUCAGCACUGAAGAUGACGAGGACGAGGCCACCGUGGAGUUGGAAGGGCAGGAUGAAAGCCAAGAAGGUGAUUUCGAAGAUGCAGAUACCCAGAUGUUACCAACAAACUGCGACACAACUGCUGGCGCCAUUUGUAGAUGUGAUUGUGUUUUGUUUUUGUAGGAGGGAGAUACAGAAAGUGAGCCAUAUGAUGAUGAGGAAUUUGAGGGUUAUGAAGACAAACCAGAUACCUCUUCUAACAAAAAUAAAGAUCCAAUAACAAUUGUUGAUGUUCCUGCACACCUCCAGAACAGUUGGGAGAGUUAUUACCUAGAAAUUUUGAUGGUGACUGGUCUGCUUGCCUAUAUCAUGAACUACAUCAUUGGGAAGAAUAAAAACAGCCGACUUGCUCAGGCCUGGUUUAACUCUCAUAGAGAGCUUUUGGAGAGCAAUUUUACAUUAGUGGGGGAUGAUGGGACUAACAAAGAAGCCACAAGCACAGGGAAGUUGAAUCAGGAGAAUGAGCACAUCUAUAACCUGUGGUGUUCUGGCCGAGUGUGCUGUGAAGGCAUGCUUAUCCAGCUGAGGUUCCUUAAGAGACAAGACUUACUUAAUGUCCUGGCCCGGAUGAUGAGGCCAGUGAGUGAUCAAGUGCAAAUAAAAGUAACAAUGAAUGACGAGGACAUGGACACAUACGUGUUUGCUGUCGGCACUCGCAAAGCUUUGCUGCGACUACAGAAAGAGAUGCAGGAUCUGAGUGAGUUUUGCAGUGAUAAACCAAAGUCUGGAGCAAAGUAUGGACUGCCAGACUCUUUGGCCAUUCUGUCAGAAAUGGGAGAAGUCACAGAGGGAAUGAUGGAUACAAAGAUGGUUCAUUUUCUUACACACUAUGCUGAUAAGAUUGAAUCUGUUCAUUUUUCAGACCAGUUCUCUGGUCCAAAGAUUAUGCAAGAGGAAGGCCAGCCUUUAAAGCUGCCUGACACCAAGAGGACGCUACUGUUUACAUUUAAUGUGCCUGGCUCAGGUAACACAUACCCAAAGGAUAUGGAGUCUUUGCUACCCCUGAUGAACAUGGUGAUUUAUUCUAUCGAUAAAGCCAAAAAGUUCCGACUCAACAGAGAAGGGAAACAAAAAGCAGAUAAGAACCGGGCUCGUGUGGAAGAGAACUUUCUGAAGCUGACACAUGUGCAGAGACAGGAGGCUGCACAGUCUCGGCGUGAGGAGAAAAAAAGAGCUGAGAAGGAGCGGAUCAUGAACGAGGAGGACCCUGAGAAACAGCGCAGGCUGGAAGAAGCUGCUUUGAGGAGAGAACAAAAGAAGUUGGAGAAGAAGCAAAUGAAAAUGAAACAAAUCAAAGUGAAAGCCAUGUAGAGCUGGUUGCAGAGGUUGUGUCCUUGCUGCCGUUAGCUCUCCGUCCACCGGAGACAGGAAAAGCAGGAGUCUGCACCUAACAGUCACGAGUCUCUGCUGACUGAGAGAUCUUUAUCUCACCCUCUCCUCUCGGUUUAGAGUUCUACAGAGGUUAUAGAUACAAUGAAAGGGCUCUUUCAGUUAUUUCCUUCCAGAUAAUCAAAUUAUUUUGAUUAUUUUAUAAAAGGAGCGGUAUAUAAAGUAUGUGUAGUUUUAAAAUAUAUUUAAAUUAUAAUGUGAAUCAUCAGUGCGUUACUUUGGUGUUUGAAGACCGAUCAUGAAAUUUCUAGGUAGAUUGUUGCUCUUUGUUUAAACUGGACAGUUGAAAUAACUAUGGAGACUGACUCUAAACCAAGACCCUAAUAUCUAUUGGAAUUGCACAAUAAACAUUGCUUGUUUUUUCUGUGUCCACAUUAAACUUGUGAAAAAAGUGGAACGUAGAACACUAUGUGGUGAUAAAUUCAGAGACUUAGAGCAUAGUACAGCGUAUGGUUUGUGUGUGGGUGGUGCUAUGGCAGUAUUAUAGGAGGGAAUCUGUCGGUAUUAGGAUACUGUAAGUCAGUGGAAGAUUCUAGAUGUAGGUAGUACAGGAGCAGUUUCUCAUUGCCUGAUACUAUGAGCUAAUGACACUGUGAGUGCUGGAUUUGAAGUAGUUAUGUGCUUAUUUUUCUUGAGCAAGAAUGCAUGACAAGGUGAAGUGCUUCACCUAGCUCCCUCCGCUCAGCAGCAGUCAGGUGGCUGGGCUCUGUGAGGUCACAGUGGUUUGCUUGCUUGCUGCAGCCUGGUAGGUGUUCAUGGAGGAGCUGAUCUCUGUCUUAGGCGUGCACUUUGCUUCCACGCCUGCUUUUAUAUCGUCCACAAGGCCGGUUUGUACUUUCUUGAAACAAAUAACCAAUCGAUAUACACAAAUAUGCUUUUAAAAAGUGAGCUUUUUUUAAAUGAAUCAGAAUUUUGUCUGACUCAUGAGGCGGAAGCGAUGGUAGGGAGAGGUUCCUCUCUGUGCAUAAGCAUUUGGCUUGUUGAGAUCUCUGCAUUUUAUAAAUGCUUCCUACUGAGAAAGCAUUUCUUAAGUCUUUGCUUGUACCAGGUCAUUUUUGCUGGGGUGGGAAAGGGUGGUUUUUGCUUUGGGAGCGGGUAGUGGGGUUUUGUUGAUGCUUUCUGUGUUCUGAUGCAGUAACAGUGAGUUGCGGUGAAAACUGUGUGUGCUGUUGCCUUGGGAAUUGUAUGGAGUUUUUCACAUGGCUUUGUGUAGGCUAAUAGAAAUAUAUGCACUGGGAUAUUCAAGUGUAAUGUUUUUUAACAGUUCACAAGUUUAAGUUAUUAAAAAUAACACAAAAUUAAAUCACUUUAAGGCCAGAUAAUUUUAGACUUAACAUUGUUUUACAAAUCUUUAAAAUACAUUUAGAAUCAAAAUUUAUGUGUUUAGUUAUCGUUUAAGUAAUAUAAGCUUUCUUAAAGUCCCAUACAUCAGACCGUGGCAGCUAAUUUUGUAACAAGCAUUCAUAUGAACUACCUAUGACAUAUAUUAAACUGAUUGACAAAAUCUGUGUGCUGCUUUGACUUUUUGUAGUUGUCCUACAAGAAUAUGUAUACUGUUCUCUUAUUAAAAGCAGGAAAAUCGUUUUCCUUCAAAAGCA